AGUGAAGGGCGUGAAAGAGAUUUUUCAGACGUUCACAGGCUCUUUGGAGGGAAUAAAAUCUAAAGAGCGUGGACAAACUGCGCACACGGAUUCUGUUUGGCCUUUCACACUUUAUUUUUUCACAUGAGAUAUGUGUCAUUCUCUCUGCAUGAUGGGGCUCUCUGUGGUGUCCUCCCAGCGUGUCGUAUUAUUGGACAGUCCCUCUAGUCGUUACCAGGGGCGUGGAACCGAGCGAGCUGAAUGGGAAACACAUUUGUGUGCCUCGCUGUUGUAUUAACUGCAAUGGGGAGGAGAGACGAUGACAAGCCAAAACAGUUGUCCGCGUGAAUUAAUUGCCGAGGGGACGACCGGAGCGAACUCAAAUUUCUCGUGUGUAUGAGCGGCCCGAGUGGGUCUUUAAGUCCACGCUCCGCAUUCAGCAGGCAACGGAGAGACUCGGCAUCGUCAGCUUCAACCGAAGAGGAGAGGGAUGCGAGGACUUGAAAGGAUAUAAACACGACAUAUCGGCCUUUUUAUGUCAAAUGGAGCCUUUUUUAGUGAGCAAAGACUUGAGUUGAAUUUUACUUUGUUUGCGGCCGUGUUGGUUGCCCCUGCGUGUGAAAAUGGGGAUGAUAUACAGAUAGGGCGUAUUUUAACCGUGGACGAACGGCUAACGUUAGCGAGUUUUCUGGACCUGCCAGGUCUGCCUGUAACGUUCAUCGCUCGCACGAGUUUUGGUCGAGCUCGGCGUGUUUAGUCGGUUUCCUUCGCCUUUUGACCAAGGUAAGUCACGUCUCCCGUUUUUUGUUUAAUUCAUACAGUGUUUGAAAAGCCAUCUAUGUAAGAUGUAAAUGCAAGUUAGCACCGUUAAACAGCCGUUUGUUCGGUUAUACCAAACUUAACGUCGGCUCAUUAACCUCCUAAUCCGUUCACCUGGUCGUUAAUGGCUUCUGCUGUGUUAAAACUCGCGGACUUGCAUUUACAGCCACCUGCUUUUAUUGACUUCCUUGAACUCUCAAAUAACUAAAAUCCAUAAAUGUUACAUAUUUUUAACGCAGCUGAAGUAUUAUCUUACACUCGAGGAAAUGUUGGGUGUUGUUUCACUAACUGGAAUCAUUUUUUUUUUGCAGCUCUUCAUAUCAAAUGAAAUCUGCUCUGUGCCAUCCCUCUUGGUGUUGUUAGGGGCCUCUGCUGGCAAACUGCGUCACCGAGUGGGCGCUGCAGGUACUCAUCUCUCGAUCUGCAGUUUGGCAAGUCUAGCCAUGGCAAGAAUGACCUGGAAACCAAAGUAAAAGAACUUUAAACCACCAUGGAGCCGGAGCCAAAUUCCAACUCCGUAGAACUGAAAUAUCCAUCUGUACCCAACUCUCAGUGUGAGCUGGCCACAAAUAUGUAUGAGGCCAGGGGUGAUGGAAAUGUCAAUAUCGUGGACUCAUUAGUGAGAGGUGGAAGUGACCCCAGUGCAUAUCCUUCUUCUAGCUAUCAGAAGAGUGGUUACCAGAGAUUCAUUAGGAGGAGCUUAUGGUUCUCGGACACAGAUGAGCAGACCUUUGAAGCGCCUGAAUGCGACAACAGGAGUAAGAUCUUGAACAUAAACCUGAGAACAAUAGUGGAUAGGACACGAGGGGCUAGUUGUGGGAUUCAAGAAGGUUCAAGCACUGAGAGUCAAGGGGGGCAUAAGGACAGUGCAACCGAGAGCGCCAGUGCUGAUGAGGAGAAGGAAAAAGGUGGGGAUACUUUAAAUCUGACGUGCAAUGAUGCUGGAAGAGCCAACAUUAAGGCGGCAAGUGAGGAGAACGAGGAAGAGGCAGAGAUGAAAGCGGUCUCCACAUCUCCAGGAGGAAGAUUCCUCAAGUUUGACAUCGAGUUAGGAAGAGGUUCCUUCAAGACUGUCUACAAGGGGCUGGAUACAGAGACCUGGGUGGAGGUUGCCUGGUGUGAACUGCAGGUAAAGUACUAAAACCCUCUUUCGAAUUAACAACAAAGCAUCCACACACACACCAUCCUUUUUGUUACUCCUAUUCUUAACGUUGUUGGGCGCGGGCUUCAAUAUCAAUACAUCAGUGUAGAAAUUCCUGAUUCUUCCAGGAAGCCCCCUUUGGGAGCUCCCUUCUCGGUGUUAGAAGCUUCACAUGUGAUGAUAGCAUGAAUGGGACAUCUUUAGGGAGCAAUCAAUCAGCCGGAGUUGAGUGAGAGAAUCCGCUAAAUUGCAAAUGGGUUACCACUAAACUCUAAAUGGUUUACACAAGGAAAGUGAUUGACAAGCAUAAGCUGCUGACUUUGAGAUGCAUACCAUCAGUCAAGUAUCACAAUCAGCAGUUUUGUAAAUGCAUAGGAAGAGCCCAUCUUGUCUUGCAUUACACAGACACAGGAAAAUCUCCAGCUUAGACUGUGCAAAGGUAUUAACUAAUUAUUUCCGUCCUUUGGAGACUGCAGUAAGGAUAAUCUCUCAUUCUCUCUCUCUCUCCAUCUCUCUCCCAGGAGGCUUAAGGGGGCCUACACUAAGCAUGACUUGCCCCUCCAAAGAAAGAAAACCCUAACCAUGACUUGUUAUUCUUUCGCAGCUCAGAUUUAAAUUGCCAGGGAUUAAUUUCCAAUACUUUUUUUGACCAACCUUAAGUUCUGCCAUUGUAAUUUGCCCAGCUGAUGAGCAUGUGACAAUGAGCGCUGUAAUUAGAUAGGACAGUGCAUGAGACACGUACGUGCACUCUGUUCCAGCAGUUUUCUCGCAUGUUUUCCGAGCAAUCCCACCUCCUACCUCCCUCCUUCUGUGCAACAGGAGGUAGGCAGACAGGAAGCAGCUGAUGUGUGCAGUAGCCUGCUGGGAAUUGUGUGUGGGUCCUGCAGGCUCAAUGAACAUUUAUCCAGAGGCUGCUGACAACAUUCAGCUCGGUCACCUGAGAGACCAUGUAAUUCUUACUUAAAGAAAUAAAGGUCUCCACAUUGGCAUUGGCACAUUGAAGCCCAACAGAGAGCUCUCAAGAUAACACGCCAUUGGCUGGACCGAGUAAAGAUAUCAAAGCUGGGAUGUAUGAUGACUUCAUUCGCAUGGUGAUGUCAUGCAGGCUGAUAGUAGCAGUGAGCAAUCCCACAACCUCACAACGUUGCGCUGCAAUGGACUCAGGAUGUGGAACAGGAAGCAAUCAGCUGUAUUUUAUUCUCCCCCAGUGAAACAUUAAAACUCCCUCUAGUGGACAGUCAGUCAAUGAAAGAUCUAAAUCACAAUUGCAAUGGUCCCUUUUGUCACAAUUAUGUCCUCAUGUGGUCACACUUGCAUACUUUUGAUUUUUGGUCCAAAGCCAUGCAUAAAACCCGAUAUGACUCUCACCUGAUCAGUGUGUUUCACAGGAGCGCACUCUGGUUUGUUAUCUCACUGAGCAAUACAGAACCACUUAGACUUUGUUUAUCUGGGUCAUUGAGGUCUAAUGUGGUGCCUUGUUCUGUGUACCUGCACUGCUUGUGAUCUGAGACUGAUAAAUACUACCUUCUCUAAAGGAGUUAAAUCAUGAAAGUUGGUUCAUUGCAGCAGAUUUUUCCAAGCAUUUGAUAGAUUUUUUUUUGGCAGAAUUUAACGUAAAUAAUUUGUCAGUAUUUAUCGAUAUCCAGAAUUUUCCUGAACCAAACAUUAUAUUUCAUAUUCAGUCAGUCAGCUGAUCUAAUUUCUCUAGAAUUAAAAAUGGGGUUAAUAAUAUUCCAGGAAUUGAGACAAAGGCUGUGUCCAAAAUGAAUCACUCAAUCCCUAACCCCUAACCCCCAUAUGGGGUUUCACUAUAUAGUUGACUAUGUAGUGAACUCAAUCACCGGAGGUUUCGGACACUACAUGGCAAGAAGCAGCGCAUAACGGGAUGCUCACCACCAGUGAGUUGGUCACUACAUUUUGCAAUGCUUUAUGGGAAAUUUUGAGUCACCUAUAUGCGGCACUUGAAUUGAUCACUCAGGUUUUGGACACCCCUCAAAAUGGCGCUAACCCCCAUACAGUCGCCUAUAUAGGGGUUAGGGAUCCAUUUCAGACGCAGCCCAAGAUUUUUGGAAUUCUACUGCGUAUGAUGAUAGAUCUAUAAAAGUGUUUGUUACCAGUGAAAAAAAAAAAAGACAGAAUGAAAUGCCUCCAGUCUGAAAUGGUUCAUUGUUGCCUCGUUGUACAACAGUGUGUGAUGUUGUACACUGAACAUGUCUUUAAUCUGAGUAGGUGUAGUAAGCUCAGCCUGCAGACCUUUUAUCGUAGCGCAGCAAAUGAGAUGUUUUACAGACAGUCUGAAGGAGAAUUUUAACGUUUGUAGCUCCAGUGGGAUACUUUAGCGUGCUUAAUGUUCUUUUGUGGCUUAGAAGGAGUUGUUGGGGAAAAAAAGGUGGUUUAGUGCUGCCCACAUUCAUACACAUGACCUUGGCCAUGUUCAACAGCACGUGCAGAGAUGUCAAGUAGUCUUUAGAUUCAAAGCCAAAGCAGUGAAGAUUUAUUUCCUUUUUUGUCACAUUUACAUAGUGCUCAGAAUGACAGCAGCGUUGCCUGUGGAAGACUGAGGGAAGGAGAUAUGACUCUGUGAUUUUCCACUGUCUUCCCCUCCUUCCAUUGGUCACAUGGCUUUUUAGCCCAGAAAUUUUAAUCUGCUCCUAUGUUUAUUCGUUCUCCCUCUCUUCCUCCCCCUCUAUCUCCCCUUAUUUCCUCCCAUCCCCAUCUCCCCAACAUCUCUUUUUCCGUGCCAGGCUGCUGGCAUAACACAGAUGGCCCUGGCUCAGGCAUGGAUGUUAAUCUGAGAGAAAGAUGCCUGUUGUGAGAUUUUUUCUUUGUUGGGAGGAAACACUUCUAGUGUUUGCUGUUCUAACCCUGUUUUUUUUUAGCUUUGAGAACUCCUUGUUUCUGCCAAUUUCUUCUAAUUGUGGUGGCGUAUAUAGAUUUUUAUCAGAGUGUUGAAUGCUGAGUGCACGCUUGCAGACACAGUUUACUUCAGACCUUUUUUUCUAAGACUUCUCUGUGGUAUUUGGCAGAGAGUUUGUUGUCCUGUAGAUUAAUCUGGAUCGCAGCUUGUGAAUGUAGUCCUGGAAAUAAUUUCACGGCAGUGAUGCGAAGCCGCUUGUCUCUGAGUGUUAGCUGCAUAUUUGAGCUUCUUGAACCAAACAGACCCAGCAAAUGUUUGAUAGCGUGAGUCACUAAGUCACUAUCUUGGUUCCAAAUAUGGAACUUUGCUGUAAUGGUAGAUCACAUUCUGCCACAUUUGAGGAUCAUCCUGUUUUUCCAAGCAUGGUGCAUGGGUGUCUCUUUUUGGAUUGAAAUGGAAAGUGCUAAAAACAACACUUUCUUGACAGAAAAAGGAAAACAAAGUUGGAAAUGCCCAAGUGGGUCAUUCGUUACAGCCCAUUUGGUUUAAGAGGCCCAUUGAAGCAGGAGCGGUCAGACCCAGUGGCUGCAGCUAACAAUGCUUUGUCAGUCGCCUCAUCUCCAGGCAUGCCUGAGCUCCCGUGUCACUCAGCCUACGGAAGAGCCUGAGGAAAGGAGGACAAGUAUGUCAGAGCCCCAGGAGUUUAGCCUGUGGUAUACAGCAGCACAAAUAGGCUUGUUGAAAAAUAGCUGUUUGAUAGAAUGUCUGAUCCACAAGAGACAAUCACAUCAUUGUUGAAAGAAGUGUUUUCAUCAAAAUGAAUGGUUAUUGGAAAUUCAAAGAGAAAAGAAUGAAACACUUUUUGAACACAUGAGUGAGGUUUUUAGUACAACUGUGUUAAUUUAAAAACAUGUAGAAAAAAACACCUGAUUAUCCUAGUCUGAUCUGUCAUUUGGGGAAUCGGUGCAAAGCUUCUUCUACUCCUUUAGUCCAACUUUAAACUGAUAUUGAUUGAAUCAAAAGCAGUUUAGGCCUCUCUCAUCCUUUCCCCCAAUAAGAGGAAGUGUCAACACAGCUCAUGUGGAAAGGUAAUCUCGACUGGAAUGCAACAUGGUAAUUUGUAAGAAAAACCUUGAGUACCUUUGCAUCCUCUCGAGGCCUCCUGCUUAGGAUCUGUAGUAUGAAUACGAGGGUUACUUUUGAAAAAUGCGCACUCUGAAUGACCUCUGCAUCACUAAGCUAUUUAUGUAAUAAGUGGAGGAACAAACAUCCAUACUGUACUCUGUCAGUUUGGCAGCACAUAGCAUAUAAAGCCUUAUAGAUUCAAGGACUUUUCGGUUGAUGAAUAGAGCUUUUCUUUAAGUGUUUUCUAUUAACUUUGUAACAUCACUGCUGGAGUUGAGAUUUGUGUGGCAGGAUGCUGUGAACCCAUCUUGAGCUAUAUCAUAUACAUACAGGUAGAGAAUAAGCCAAAGCGAUUCCAAGAAUAUGAACUUCCUUACAAAAUUGGGUUAAUGUUUAAUAAUCAUUUUCAAGGAGAAGAAAUUCAGCCGCCUUGCCCAGUUUAAAGUGCUGAUUAAAAACUUUCUGUAGUUUCCAAGUUUAGGAAGAAUCUAGGUUUCACCUGCUGCAGGGAGUUGCUGAUUUAAUCCUAGGGUUGUGGUAGAAGAUGUAAUUUAUGCUGUUGGUUGCAUUACACUAAUGUUUCAAAGGCUGCUGUUUAUACAUGACAGAUAGCUUAAGAAUACGCAGCUAGAAUAUAACCAGGAAUCCCAAAAUAUAGAGGUGCAUGUUUGCGUAUUCUUCCAAAGAGCUGCCCUGCUGCAGCAGUCAUUUAAAAUUCUGUCUUUUGUCAGACCUGACUAAUUUAAAUCAUCUUUUUACAAGUGUUCUUGAAAACUGAUUACUGAUAAACUGGAUGAUUUUAGUAGACAUUAAUGGCUGCUUGAAAUUCUCCACGAGGGAAAACCCUCUCUAUGUUUCUGCCUGUGCUGUGUGUAGUCUGGGUCAGGGUAUUUUGCUGAAUCAAGGCUGUCUCUCUGGCGCUGUGCCCCCACACUGCAGCGGCCGAUAAAAUGGUCGAGGGAGGGGGGUUUGGCCAGGCUUCCCAGUUCAGCUCAGGACAUCUCUACCAAGCACACCACUCUCUUGUGCCUUGUCUCAGUUCUUACCAUCAGGGAAAAGGGGGCAUAUAUGCAUGACUGCCUAGCACCCGCUCUCCGUUCCUGGCUAGUAUGAGUCCGCUUGGGCUUCAUUAGGCUUUAAGUCAUUUACAUUGGCGUGGAGCACAUUUGUGAAUAUUUGUCUCAAGUUCAGAGCAACUGGGGUGAAAUUGCUACCCUGGGUAUCAUAGCACCACAGCUAUUUGUAGUUGGCUGUAUGAGCUGCUGUAUGGUUUUUACAAUGGGCAAGGAGUGUGUGUUGAAGAUGUCACUACCAGCUGUCGCUUCUCAGAUUCUCCAGGACACACCAGUUACAGCUUUCUCUGGUGGUCUCAAAAGACUUGUUAGAAAUAAAUUAAAAGCUGAUGAAACACGGGCUUCUAAUCUUUCACUGAUUUACUAUUAAGGGCAAAUGAUAUGUGACAAUAAGAUUGAAAAGUGGACGCUCUAGGAAGUGGGCACAGCAUGCCACAGAGUGGAUAUACCAUGUGCUUGUAGUUCUGCAGCAUGCUGCAGAGUGGCUAUAUGCAAUAUGCCAGUUCAGUUCAGUUCAGUUCAGUAGCAGAUGCUCGUGGUUCUGCAGUGUGUCACAGGUCGCAAUGCCAGUGUGCCCUCGGUGACAUGCCACUACUACAUUUUUGUCUUCAUUGAUAAUGGUGAUGUCCAUAAUGUAUAUAAUGUAUAUUUAUUUUUUUACCUAUUGUGUGUCUAGAUGAUAUGGCUGUUUGGAAUAAAAUGAAAGUCAUUCCGGGGUGCCAUAGGCCUCUGUUGAUCUUGGCACGCUGCUCGUUGAUCUGUUUACAUCAUUGUUGAUAGCUGCGCUAACUAUUUGGUUAAACAAAUAAAAAAAAAGAGGAGUGUAAAGUGAGGGAACUUGUGUUAAUCUGGGUGAAUGACCCUUUUCACAGUACGUGUGUUACAAAAGAACACAGAGGCUUCCAGAAAAUCUUGUUUUCCAACAGUGGUGGGCCACUUGUUUUAGGGUUUGAGCAGCUUGUCCUGAACAUUGUUUAAUGUGUAAAUUGCUUUUAUGUUUUCCUAAGAGGUUUUUUUUUGUAUAAAAUGGAGACGUCACUUGGCUGUCUUUUUCUAGCAACACCAAAUAGGUCAGAGAGCAGAAGCAAAAUUAAACAAAGGCAAAAUAUUCUUCUCUUCCUGUCAUCUUGUCCCUGGUUUUUGUUUAUUGUUUUUUUUACAUUUCCAGGGGUUAAAGUUGUUUGGAAAAAAAGCAAAGACAUCAUAUAACUUAGUGCUACAACUACCAUGUUUCCUGAUUUUAUGCUUUGAUUAAUGAAGCAAUUUGAACAUGAAGUUAUGAACACAUUAAUCAAUACUGCUGUUAUUUACAGCCCUAAUUUGCUUGGGACUAACAUAUCCAUUACCCAUGUAUUAAUGCAUUAGUAACAGAAAAAUACAAUCUCCAAAUACUGUUUAGGGCACAUUUUAAUGCUAUUUGAUUUAUGUGAGUUGAUUUUACAUUCAGUAGAAAUGCAUUUUCACUAACCGUUAAGCUGAACAAAUAUCCAUUGUGUUUUCCAUUCAUUAGAGCCACCUUUUACAUGAGCUUUACCAUAGUGUAUUCUGAGUUCCCUUUUAUAUAAUUAUCAGUGUAAACCAAGACAAAUUAAAAUAGUUUUUCUUAAGAGGGUUUUGCCUUCAAACCUCCGUCGUUCAGGCUCGAAACAGCGAUGCUCUAAAUCUGCAGUUGUCAUGGCUAUUUCAUAAGCAGCAUUAGUCUUUUGAGGAGGCGAGUGUGUAAUCAGAAUUUUCUGUUUCUUUGUGUCUGACUCAAAGAACAGUUUGUUCGUCACCCUACGCAUUUAGUCAAUGACAGGAAAGAGGUUUACAGGCGGUUUAUAUUCCUUUAUCCACAUUGGCUAACUCCCUGUCAUAAUCAGCCAGACACACUCAAACACUUAAACACCCCUGGAAAAAAACACAAGUGGCUUCUACUGUGGUCCACUCACUGUUUAUUUUGGUCAGAGGUGCAUAUGUGACAUAAUGCUCUGUAGCUAUUCCUGUUUUCAGAUUACUAAGGUUGACAAGUGUGUGCCUGUUUCAUGCAUCUCCUCCUCCAUAAAUUCUGCGUACACCGCUCUCUUAUCACCCAAACACUGGAGAAGUCACAGGUCAACUGCUGAUGUUAUCAUCGCUAUUGUCAUACUAUCACCGCUAGUCAUCUCAGACACUCCUGUCUUUCAGGCCCCACCUUGAAGUGAGUGUUACAUGCAGAUUAUUUGCUUUCUUCUCCCCUUACAGCAAUCUUCACUUUUCAUAUUAAACCUUGUCAACCCGAGUGCUAGCGUGCAACUUUGCACAAGCUUUCUUUUAUCCUGCGUGCGUGUUAAAUUGGGAAACACUGAAGUCGUGUCAAUGCAGUGUCGUGCAAAGCUGUGAGCAAAAAAUGUCCAGCCGUCAUGACUGAUGGGACAAACAUUCAGCUGUGAGGACUCUGCUGGCUCAUGGCUAGCCCUGUAGCAGCUUUGGUUACAGCAGCUGAAGACCUGCAAGAGUCAUCUGACUUGUAUUAAGGAUGGGUGCAGAUGGUGGUGGGGUGGAGAAGUAAUUGUGCAUUCUUUCUUAUGUCGAUCCCGAAAAAAUAUCUAUAAAGUGGUGGAAGAAGCAGGAGUUCUUUUUGGACUCUGUAGAAAGAGUGGUCUUGCAUGGGGUCAGUAAAGUAUUAGAUUAAGCUUUCAUUGUUGUGUUACUAAACUACACUAAGGCCGUUGUGGCUCUGUGAUUUCAGCGUGGCUAGCUGCAGAUCCUCAGAGAUUUCUCUCUAAUGUCGUAAUGUUUUUCUUCUGAGUCUGGUUUGUUUGGUUUGUUUUACAAGCACUUCCUGAGAAGAAAUAUUUUCUUACUUAAUCGCCUUAGCCAAAUGUUUUCACACAUAUUAAGGACUCUGAGUUUAGCUGUCCUGCUUUAACAGUCGAAGCUGUUGACAAGUUCUUUGAAUAUUAAUCCCUGUCACACUAUUGCAACUAAGACCAAAUGAUGCUAAUCUGUUCUUUGUUAACCAAGGAUCAUGAUGCGGCCAUUUUAAUUGGAGGGGGUUGUAAUUAGGAUCACAAAGCAGUGGAAGGAGAGAGACUAAGAUAAUGUUUUGAGUUUGUAGCUAGAACUAAUGGUGAAAUAUGUUACCGACUUACCUCCUUGGUUUAGAAGUUACUGGUGAACUGAUUUUUACAGAGGCAACUUCCCUCAUGGUAAUAUGAUUAUAUAGCGACUUAGGUCGGCUGUGGAUUAUUCUAAAAACUCACUGAGGCAAAAGCUGAAAUGAACACCUGUUUCCUCUGCCUCUUUGCUGCUCUCUGGACCUUUUAUUUCAUCGUAGAGUAGAUUUUAAACUUUUGUAAGUGUGCCAAAAGAGCAGGAUGGUUUCUCAUAGUUUUCUUAUAGUUUUCAAACUCAACACAGAAACAGAUGUUAUUUAAUUUUAUAUUCAAAUGAUUAAAAAAAACUCAUUUUAAAUUGAAAUCCCUUGUCUUUUGUUUAUACCUGAAAUUGUAUCCAGUAUCAAAACCAAUUAGAUACAAAGUGGUAUGUUUGUGGUAUUGUGGUCCAUUUCCUAUCUCGAGGCCUGUUGAAAUCUGUCCGUGCAUCUCCAUGCAACAGCCUUAUGUAAGACUAUUCACACUCUUAAUUUGGGUAUCUAAUUUCAGUUUAUGGUGGGGAAGAAUCCAUCUUGGUAAAUGUCAUGACUGACCUUUUUUGCAUUUCUGAAUCAAUUUGUCGGCGAUGCUGCUGUGUGUGUGAGAGAGGGCGAGUGAGAAUGUUUGAAGACAGAUGGGAGUCGGUGUUAAUAAUAUAUUACCCUUGAGUUUUCUGCUCCUGAGAAAGUGGUUACCAAGUCAAAAAGUUUUUCUCUCUGCUUGAGAACCUCUUCAGCGUCCAUCGCUCAUUCUUGAAAGUCUGUCAGACGUUCCUCAGAUUAAUGCCUCUUCUCCACCCCUAAGCACCGCAUCUUCCCCUCUUCUAGGGGCAAUAAGGUUGUGUUGGAGGCUGAUCAAUAGAAGGCACUUAUCCUGCUAUAGUCCCUUGUGGCACUCCACUAUAUGUAUUUGUUAUCAGUUGAAAAAAGUGGUUUUGUCAUUUUUUUGUUAGUGGCUCACCAGCUCUGUGCUUGGAGUUUGCUUGUACACACCAUUUCAGUUUUGUGAUGUUGCUAUGAGCAGGGCACUUUAUUUUUCUGCGUUGAUUAAACCUCUGUUUAUUUCAGAAAUUCCAAUUUAAUCAUAAAUCUAUCAAAACGCUUGCAGAGCUCUUUGCUAUGCGAGAACUUGUGUCUUUUGGAGAGCUCGAUAUUGCUCGGCUUUUCUCCCAUGGCUCAUUGUUAGCAGAUUUAUGUUGGGUUGUGUGUGUUUUCUUAGCUCUCUGCAGGAGCCUGAUAGGCAAAUAAUCAAGCUUCAUUAGUAAUGCUGACUACAUUAUACAGAAAAGCUUGCAAUGUUUGCUUUUUCUUUAAUUUUUCCAUUGUUUUGGAGCUUCUCAUGCCUUUGUCAAUAGGAAAGCACAGUGAAGUGGGGAUCGCAAAGGGCCUUUAUACAUGUGGCACACUCUCCUCUAAAAGGGCAAAGUCUUACUUUCUAGGACACUCACAUUUCACGGGUUAACUAAUGGCCUGGCAGCUUUUAAUCUAAAACUUGCAAACUCAAAAUGGAUUGUUGAACCUGAGCUCAGGUAAAUGUCGCAGUUCCAGCGUGGACUUGGCUCACUACCUUGCCUGCUGUAAGGCAGCUGGAGUGAUACCAUCUAGCCGUACAUACCGUACAUUCUGUCGAAUAAAUGGCAGCAGUGUAAUUCAGAUACCGCAAUAAGGUAGGGUUAGUACUGUCUGUGUUCUACCUAUAGAAAAGUAUUACACACUGCAGAUUUUUGAUAUGACAUCUGAUGACAAGUAGACGGCAAGAGCUCUUACAUAAAACCAAAGAGCCUUUCAAAUUGGGAAUUCAGUCCCAUACAGGCCCAUAGAUCCUCAAGUAAUGAAGCUGAACUGGUCUCCAUUACUGCAGGAAAAAGGGUACAUUCUUCUGAAGUGGACGGUAUGUAUCAAAGAUGACAUGUGAUGAGAACAGGAAUUUGAUUUGAACACAUACCUUUGAAAUUACAUGGCGUGUUAGCCUGCCGAGUUCCCAGGACACAAGUAUCAAAACAUGUCACCUGUUCUUUGCAGCUUUCAGAGACCCCAUGUUUGGAUGUUAUUUUGUUGAAAUAUUUUUGUGUUGAGGUAUGAGCUGCCAAAGCUGUGCAACUACAAAGUCAGCACAUAGAGUAGAUAUGUGAUGUCUUGCAAGAAUGAGGCACGUGUUCAUGUUUCCCUCAGAACAGACGAAAAAAAAUAUAUACGUUAUACUGAUUUUAAAUCUUUUCUUUUUUUUAACAUACUGAUUUUAAAUAGUUUUAAUCUCUCUUUUUUAAUUUCCAAUAUAUUUCCUUGCAUCUUUUAAAGCACUUUGAAUUGCCUUGUGUAUAAAUAGUGCUAUAGAAAUAAAUUUGCCUUGCCUUCUCUUCCUCAUAACAUCACUAUAAAUGUUUAUGUGCUGCUGUGCCCACUGUGGGGUUUUCUCUAUAUGUUUAACCUCUUCUGUGCUGCAAAUGGCUAAAGCUUUUCUUGAAUUCAUGAAUUUAUGUUUGCAUGAAUUUAUGUUUUCAGCACAGGCUUUAUAAGCAUCAGAAAGAAUAAGUUAAUGCAAACAGUAGAGGAUUUUUUUGCAGGAUUUGUGGAUGUUAUAAUGUCAGAUAAUUGAGAGUUCGACUCAUGAUAAACUCAUAUCCCUCAACGUUACUCUAAAGCAGUGGUUCUCAAGUCCAGUCCUCAAGGUCCAGUGUCCUGCAUAUUUUGGAUGUUUCCCUGCUCUAACACACCUGAUUCAAAUGAUCAGCUCGUUAUCAACCUCUGUAAUGGCUUACUAACGAGCUGAUCAUUUGAAUCAGGUGUGUUGGAGCAGGGAAACAUCCAAAACAUGCAGGACAGUGGGCCUCGAGGACUGGACUUGAGAACCACUGCUCUAAAGCAACAAUAGAUUUCAUGUCGAUGCUUCUAGGUCGUGUUUUGCCGCGUGUGUCUGUGUGUGUGAGUGCUGGGAGUCCCUUUCUUCCUGUGGCUCAGUGUGCAUAUGUAUCUGUCUGUCUGUGUAUCCCAUCAUACAGCGCACAAACACCUCCUACAUGUGGCCUCUGAAUUAUGCACAAGACCCAAUGUCUGCUGAGAGGCAAGACAGGUGUAAGAGAACAAAUGGUGUGUGUAUGUGCGAAUGUGCCAGGAGUGUGAUUGGAAUCAGGGAACUUAGUUGUGGGGUUAAGAGGGUGAUUUGGCAAGAUGCCUGAAAGAUGAGAGAGGAAGAAGUGAAGAGAGGGGAUGUGAUGAGGAACGAUGAGUAGAAAGAAAGGGAGAGAAUCUGUAGUGCCUGUUUAUUUCCUGUUUGUUUUAUUUUAUUCCUAUUUCUAUUAUUUUCUGAUAAUCUUACUUCUGAGUGGAUGUCUGAUUCUGUGGGUUAAAAUGUCUUUUAGCUCCCCCCUGUCUUCUCCCACGCUCUCCCUUCUUGACCUGUGCUUCAGGUGAAGUGCGAUCCACGUGCUGCUCUUGUGCCAGCAAGGAGCAUUUGGGGAUAACCCAGCCCAACUUAGACGGCCCCUGCCCCAGCUUCCAUCGCUCAGCUUGCCUCAGUAGAAAGGGUUCUCUGCAGAACUGAAUUAUUCAUGGGCCGCUAGAAGAGUGCAGUGAAAAUCCCCACCCCCCAAACACACACACUCGCUCACGCUCACGCACAGACACAACCUGAUAUGCCACAUUCACACAUGCACACACGCAGGCACGCACACAUGCGAUGCUUUAUCAUCCUUCCGGUCCACUCUUUAACACAUUGCAUCACAUUGCACUGUGCUUCAUUGUUUUUAUUUUUAGGUUGCAAAGGCAGAUUUUGUAUUUCCUCUUGCUGUUUCAUCUCACUGGGAGUCCACUGUGGGUGAAUAAUUAAAUGGAUUAGAUCUGGCUAGGUUGUGCUCAUUGCAUUCCAUCAGAGGUGUUGUCCAUCUCUUUGUGGGGUGGGGUGGGGUCCCAGUCCAUACUCCAUGCUGGAUGUAUGUGCAUGUAUGUGUUAUGUAAGUCAACGCUACAGAGGAUAAAAAAAGGGAAAUCGCUGUGAGCAAAACACUUACCUAGAGCAAGGUGCUGUCAGAGCGGGGUACGCCUUAUCGAGAACAGAGAGAGAGUGGUUCCCAAGAUGUGUUUGUGUGUGUGCGUGCAAGAGAUGUUUGGAUACAGAGAAGGGAGUGGCUGGUGUUAAGGGGUGCAGAGAGGGAGACAGAUUGCAGAUAUGGGGGAGGGGGGGAUAGGAGUAAAGGUAGUAGACGAGAGAGUGAGCGAGCAAGUGAUGGAGAUGGAGAAAGAUGGUGGAGAUCGAUGACACAUAACCUUUAGCUGCAUUGUGGAGUGGGUGUGACCAUGUUAAUGUGUGGGCUGGUUUUCCCUCAAGAGUCCCUGUGUUGUCAUGCUUUGAAUGUAUUCUUGCAGAACCAAAUGAGUGGUCACAUCACAAGACUCGCGCUAUUCUUAAAAUAAACUUUGAAUAUCAAAGACAUUCGUGUUAUUAAGGCUGAGUCUUGUUUCUACUUGAGAAAACCACUGAUCUGGAUCCUACCCACACACAACCGCUGACAGUCAUUUUGACAUACAUAUGCUCCAAUUAGAGAUGUAUACACUGUCGCUAACCCCACAUACUGUAUGCAUGAUUUAAAUUUUGCAGUGAAGUGCCUCCAAACUGCCGGCCUCUGCCAUCUGGCUGUGCACAUAUGAUAAAAUAAGUAUGUUAUCAUCAGGACUAAUUAUAUUUCUCCCCUCUACAUCUGUCGCUUCUUCUCUAGGAUCGUAAGCUGUCUAAAGUGGAACGUCAGCGCUUUAAGGAGGAAGCAGAGAUGCUAAAGGGUCUCCAACACCCCAACAUUGUCCGUUUCUAUGACUUCUGGGAGUCACCCUUGAAAGGAAAGAAGUGCAUCGUGUUAGUAACAGAACUCAUGACGUCAGGAACGCUAAAAACGUGAGUACAAAUGAGUAAAGAUAUUGAAAAUAUUGUCAAAUACAAGGUUUAGGGAUAAUCUAUAAAUUCUAGUUUUUAAAACACAUGAUGCAGGUUCCGUUUUCAACUGGUGAUUUUCAGCUAAUGUGUCCCUCUUCUUUCAACAGCUAUCUGAAGCGUUUUAAGGUCAUGAAGCCCAAGGUGCUGAGAAGCUGGUGCAGACAGAUCCUGAAAGGCCUUCACUUUCUCCACACAAGGACCCCUCCUAUCAUCCACAGGGACCUCAAAUGUGAUAACAUCUUUAUCACCGGACCAACAGGCUCUGUCAAAAUCGGUGAUCUAGGACUGGCAACUCUCAAAGCUGCUUCCUUCGCCAAGAGUGUCAUCGGUAGGAAUCAUUAAAAUUGUUUCUUUGCGGACGAAUGCUUGUUUAUAAAAGUGACUGAUUUAUCUGUGAGUCUCUCUCUUUUUUACUUUUCAGGGACCCCUGAGUUUAUGGCGCCAGAGAUGUAUGAGGAACACUACGAUGAGGCUGUUGAUGUGUACGCCUUUGGCAUGUGUAUGCUAGAGAUGGCCACCUCAGAAUACCCCUACUCAGAGUGUCAGAAUGCUGCUCAGAUUUACCGCAAAGUCACAAGUGUGAGUCCUGAUCCUGUUCUUUUCAUUCCAGUAAUAUUUAAAAAUGAUUAUCUAAAAGCUUGCAAAUACACCUCUGAUUCUUUUCAUGUGUUAGUGCCCAAUUUUGUCUCCAAAAGUAUCAGCAAAUGGCUUAAAAGAGAGUCUGCCUGUAGCAGGGACUUAGUAGCCGUACAGGGUUAUGCCCAACAACCCUGGAAAAGGUGCCAACAUGUUUUUGGAUAUUGUCCUGCUCCACAUUAUAGUGCACAUACAGCGAGUUUGUGAUUGCAGGGAUGCAGCUAUCAUACAAAAUCAGCCGUAUUUUCAGCUUGAUGCAUCCUCAUCCUUGAGUUCUUGGGUGAAAAACCUAAUGAGCCAUAUGGUGUCACAGAGGGAGUCCAAACCUGCUUUGUUUUUUAGACAAAGCCUAAAGGCUGUAUUCCAUUCUGUUUCACAGAGCCUGGCCUCAGAUACCCAAGCUCACAGCAAACUGUUUUUACUUCUAGAGGGGGUGUCUAAAGCCAUGAUGGACUUCCUGAUUUGAUGAAAAGUAUUGAUUUUCCGCUCCUGAGACUUGGCAGGGUUUGACUCUGAAAGAUGACUCUUUCACCUCCUGUUAAAGAAGAGAAGCCCUCUGUGCCCAUACCAGCGCAUGGGUAGCAUCAACGCAGCCGUCUCUAAAUACUGCUCUCUGUAUUGUUACUGUAUGCAUAUUAGAUUUGCCUGCAGGGACCACUGCGGGAUAUUAAUAGGAGUUUGAUCAAAGAGAAAUCCUGAUAGCCUGAUACUACUCCCUAAGCACAUACAGUUUGCAGCUGCAUAAUUUGUAGAAAUUAUAAACCAAAGGGUGCAUAAACAUUAUUACUCAGAUGCAGAAAGGGACUCCUAAGAAUGAAUAAUCUCAAGACUGAGUCAAAAUCACAGAUAAUGUUGCAUUAUGGGGAGCAUAAUGAAGGGAGAAAUAAUUGGUGAAGAAGGUCUGAGUUCCAAGCUAAGAAAAGUCUCCCCCCAAAAAAGAAAGGAAGUAUUACUCCUACCAAUUAAAUUCAGUAUCAAACUCCCUUUGUUGAAAUCACUAUAAAAAUGCAAAUUUCCAAUCACUUCUGCUGUCCCCGUCCAUCAAAAAGCUUUGGGUUUUCUUAACAACUAAUUGACUGCAAGCUCUGAGACCAGCUUUGUGACUUUUUUAGUUUACAAACAGAGUACCAUCAAGAACCAGAGCACAUUCAUUGCAUUUAAUUAUUCGGCUGCUACUCCCUUUUUGCAAUCCUCUAAAAAAUGACAUAAAUUUUAACUGACCAGCUGCCAUCCGACAUCAGUGAUAACAAGCCUGCAGGGUGUGUGUAUGUGUGUGUGUGUGUAAGAGGAAAAAGUAAGAUAUGCCAUGAACACCACCACACUCAUUCUUUUGUAUUUCUCUUUCCUAUUUUCAUCAGCGCAGUAUCCCAUUAUGCUGUGAUUUCAGCUUUAUGUUUUUAUUUCUCAUUCCUCAGGGAGUGAAACCAGCCAGCUACAACAAGGUCAUGGAUCCCGAAAUCAAGGAGAUUAUUGGGGAGUGUAUCUGCCAAAAGAAAGAGGAGCGGUGAGUGACUGUUGCUGUCGUUGUCCGGUGUCCAGCCAACAGUGCCCACAAGGUGCCCUCUCAUCUUUCAAGCCUUGCCUCACUUCCCCCCUGCUUCAUUGCAGUGGUGCUGACAGUUGGGCUCUCAGCAGCAUUGCAGUCUCCCACCAUAGCCGCAGGGUGUCUUUUAUUUUCGUGACACAGUGAGUUUGUGUAAAGAGAGGAAAAUAGCCCUUAAUUAGCUUCUGGUGGCUUUUUUUUACUCCAGCAUUAUCAGGUUCAGUGAGUUAGUCAGCAGCACAGGUAGACCAUGUGUUUGUAUAAUAUGCGUACAUAACAUAGCGUACUUGGCCAAGAUGUCCCUGAGAGUACAGCUUAUCUUAUUGAUACUUAUCUGCAAAUGUUGUACACUUCUCCUGAGUGGCAUGAGUGUAUGGAAACAUCAUUUUCUCCACAGUCUUAGACUUUGGUGUUUCGUAUCCUAGGUACACCAUUAAGGACCUGCUGAACCACGCUUUCUUCGCUGAGGACACAGGGGUGCGAGUGGAGCUGGCCGAGGAAGAUAAUGGCAAAAAGGCAUCAAUCGCCCUAAAACUAUGGGUGGAAGAUCAUAAGAAGCUGAAAGGCAAAUACAAAGAGACCGGCGCCAUUGAGUUCACGUUUGACCUGGAGAAAGAGGUCCCUGAGGUUGUUGCACAAGAAAUGGUGAGUGAAUAGUCAAAGGUAAUGAGAAGUCAUUAUCAAACAGUGGAAAUAUAAAGAUAUAAGUUUUGGAAUAAUUGAGGGUUAUUCACUUUUUCUUUGUCACGAAAAUUUCCGUUUUCAUCAGUGGGUAAAUUUCACCGUGAUGGUGGUAAUGCAUUUUCCUGGUCACUUAACAGUUCCAAGUGCCCGUAUCUCUUAAUCGGGGGAAUGUUCUCACAUGCAGAUUGCUGAUGAUAUCUCGCUUUACUUUUCCAGGAAAACACUGCUUGUGUUUGCUUUUUUUUUCAGUGUUUACAUAGUUUUCUCCAGUUUUUCUGGUUGGAUUUUAGUGCCGCUCUGUGAAUGUUUAGUAUGAUGGUGUUUAUGGAGGACUUGUUUUCGAGUGAAGGCCGUGAUAAUAUCCAGAAAUUUAAAUAGUUUUUUUAUUGUAUGAUUGUGUUCCAACAUGAAUGAUUUCUUGGGAGACAGAAAUAAGAGACACUAUCAAAGUGCUCCACCUUACCUCGAGGCUGCAAGAUGAUCUUUACAAGUUUCUUCUUUCACAAAUUUUAGUUUGAAAUUAAGUCAGCUCUGAACUGAUGCAGGGGCAUUAGAGAACAAAAACAGGAGGGUAAUUCUGAGGAAGUCCUCUUUACAGAGUUAUCAAAGAAUUUCCUCAAACAAACUUUUUAGUUGGGUUUAUCAUGACAAUAGAGCUGUGGAACAUCUGUAUCUGUGUUAUCAGAUAUCUCACAAAGAUUUGUGCACAUGUACAGUGUGUGCCUGUGUGACAUGAUAGUGAGCUGUGUCAGCUAAGUCUAAAUAUCUGUCACUUGACUUGUAUGUUGUGUACAGUGACUAGUAUUUACUUACCAAGUUACUCUGAAUACUAAUCAGUGAAAGUGGGACAGUUGGUGAGAACCUGCGCUCCUUGCCUUUUUCUUUUUCUAUCUCUUGUUUCCAACAGCGUCCUUCUUUGUUCCAAGCUCUCUGUCUCUCGCUCUCUCCCACACAUCCUUUUUCUCUUUUCUCUCCCUCCAUUGGUGUGUGCUGUGCUGGCCUUGACCAGCCUGUGAAGCUCUGAAAAAGUUCUUAGGCCGCUCUGUAAUGGCUGUCAUUGGGGUGAGAGAGAACAUGUCGACAUGAAAUGAGAUUUUAUAGCCAGUCUGCUCCCAUGUCAUGUAACUGCUCAUUUACUCGAAUAAGUUCUCGACAAACAGACAAUUGUAUCAGUUUUUCAGAAGUGUGAAAUGAGCUACAGCUCUGUCGCCAGUUUAUAUACUUCACUUUUCCUAUUUUGGUUAAACAAUGUAUAACAUUUAAAAUGUGGUUUUAGGACUGUGACUCAUCUUUAUCAUUGUUACAGUCCAGACAGCUCUGUUUUGAACAGCAAACGAAGUUGCUGACAAAAGGAACAUCUUCCCACAGCUCUGAUCCCCCCCUUAAAAUAGCAUUUCUGUUCCUUCCUUCACUUGCUCCUUCUCUCUCCCCCUCGCACACUCCCAUUUUUAAUGCACCCUCUCGUCUCUCACAUGCUCCACGCUAAAAAUAUCCUGGAAGUUAUACUCUUUCCUCUUCUUUGUCAGGUGGAGUCUGGCUUCUUCCACGAGAGUGAUGCGAAGACUGUGGGUAAGUCGAUCAGGGAUCGUGUGGCCCUGAUCAAAUGGCGAAGAGAGAGAACGGUGUCCGCCGCAGCCGCACUGGACCAAAGCGAGGGGGGACACAGGGCCCAGAUGACAUCGUGUCAGGGAAUCCCUGCUGGGGCGGCACAUGCAGGAAGACUUCUACUGGAACCAGAAGAGCCAGAGGCAGACCAGCACAACAGGCUUCAUAACCUACCAGCCAGUGCAACCUCAGUUACAUGUAAGAAAAUCUGCUCCUCCUGACUCAGACAGUAAUGAUCUUCAUCUUUGAUUUUUUUAUGAGCCCAUGAUUCUUAUGUCUUUGCAGCAGACAGCACACUUGACAGUGGCAUGGGCUCAACUGUGUACUCAGACUCCCACAGCAGCCAACAGAGUGUCCUCUACCAGUCCCUGCUGGAGCCUAUUACUAUGGCAACACAGCAGGUCUGUAUCACAAGUGUACACACCCAGGUGGGCCAUGUGCAUUCCGACUUAUUAAAAUAAACAUGCUUUCUGAAGGCAGUCAACGCUUUCGUGACCUUGAUGCUAAACACAAGCACUGUAUGCCCACUUGGCAACAACAACCACCUGCACAACAUCCACUUUGACACACUCAGGCACAUAACACGCGUAUGACUUUAAUAAGCAAGCAUGCUCAUCCUCAUCUCAUCAUAUGUUUUCCUUUUUGUAUUUGGUUUUCAGAUCUUUACUUUGAGUAACAUGUGUUUUGCUUUUGGGUUGCAUUUUGAUCAGUGCCAGAGUGGUAUCCCUGUCCUGACAGAUCCACCUCACUCGUGUGAAAAGGGUGAACUUUGGGGGGCAACGCUGAGCCCAGAGCUCAGGAACUGUUUGGGAGCAGCAAACCGAAGAGGAAGCGCUCCCGUUAUUGACACUCACAGGGCGAACCAUAUUUCUCAACUCAACGCCAAGUCCAUUCACUCUCAGAGAUCAAUGAGUCUAACCCCAAUAGAAGCAGAGGACCAGUCGGUUCUGACCCUCUCUGAGCUUCAGUCAGAGGCCAUGGAUGAGCUCCCCACCCAAAGUGCUCUGCCGUUUCCACAGAUCUCUCCUGUCUGUCCCCAUACUGAGUAUCGACGGCUUAGCGACACCAGCAUCGGACAAUCAUCAGAAGUCAGGAGUGAGAACUUAAAUGUGCAAAGUGGACGCAGACACUCUGACCUCAGUAGUCUUCUUAGUUUGACCUCCCACCACAAUCACCAUUUUGCAGUGCAUCAAAGCCAAGUGUGCCAGGCCUGUCUCUCUUUGCUUCUGCUAAGGUCACGAGAUGGUAGUCACCAUCGGCCUUCUGUUGUCAUGCCAGCACACUUCUGUCCAUGUGACUUAAGACAACAUCCGUUCUGUGGUGGUACAAAAACCACCCCUGGUUACGGGCGGCUGAAAGGCCCGAGUGAUUGCUCUGACUUUUCACUGCUCCAGCAGUCCCUAUUUAAGAUAAUAAGCCGUAAAGCAGCCCCUUGUCAGACAACAGCUGCCCAAGCAGCCCACAGGCCUUCCUGCAGUGAUGGAGACAGCGGCCUGAAGAGUCUUCUCCUGACUGGCAGUUCAGUUGCAGAACAAGAGCCCCUUCAGGACUGCGAAGACAGAUUCUAUACCGGGGAGAAGCAAGUUACCAGGGCUGUGGGAGUGGUAGGUCAUAAUAGCAGUCAAGUCGCUUUAGUUACCCGUUUGGGUUUAACACCUGCUUAACUUACUCCUGCCCGACUUUAGCAGUUACAGCAUUAUUGUGCAUGGAGCCGGUCUAAGAUCCUGUCCGCUGUACGAGUCUUUCUGCCUGCAUCGGCGUACAGAGCUGACAGUCCCUUCAAAAUAAUCCGCUUGCUUCUGUCCGAGGACAAUGGCACAAUCUCUUAACAGAUUCUAUUCCCUGCUGAUUAACAACCCCCUCUAGAACUGACCUAGACUUUAACAGUUUUCCUUUCUGCUUUGCUGGCCCAUUGCAAUGGCUGUCUUGCUCCUUAGCUUGUCUUGGAAGAUGACCUCUGAUUGAAGGGGAAGGGGCAGCUGUCUGAUCUCGGUCUCUCUGCCUCUUUAACCAUUUCUCAUUUAUGUUCUUAUUUUAGCACCCACCUGUCACCGCCUGCUCAUUGUUGAAACAGAUGUUUUAUUAACUUAUUUUUAUCCCUCAUCCUGUCAUUAUAAUUGCAUCCUGUUUGACAUGAAGUGGGCACACUUUGGGGAUUUUACACACAGCAGACUCUAAUAUAAAUUUCUCUUUAUUGUGUCCUCAGAAUAGUUCUCCAGGUCACCAGAAUCAACCGUCUGUGCAGGGCCUGCCCUCCUCUAGCACAGCAGUGCACUCGACGCUACAGUAUCAUCAGCCGGGACACAGCUACCCUACUGCUCCAUAUGCUGGCCAGCAAAGUGCCCCCACACAAGAUCCAACCACUCUAAGUUCAUUCAGCAUCCAGCAGUCAGUCAGCGCUGCGGGCUUCGCACCUCCAAGUGUGCAACAGACACAGGCUGUCACAGGUCUGUCAGCAUCAGCCGUGCCACAACAUGUUGCACAGAGCUACCAUCCACAAGGCCAUCAACAGCAGCAGGCAGCCGCAGCAAACUCACUGACUUGCCCAUUGAAUGUCCAACAAACUUAUCAGAACUCUAUGGCCCCAACUCAGCAGCAGACUCAGUCCGCAUCAGGAUACCCUUGUUCAAUUCAGCAACAGUCUGCUGUUGCAGCACCAACCACGCUGCCAACGCAGCAGCCAGCACAAAGCUUCGCUGUUGCAUCUGUGGCUGCGGCCCAGUGUCAUCCUGCACAAGCUCCCGGUGCACUGCAACAGAUCCAAGCCACAGUCAAACUGCCAAGUCAGCAGUCUGGUCAGAGCUCUUCCACACCAGCACUUUACAACCAACAAAUACACAUUCAGCAAGAGCACCAACAGCCCUUACCACAAAAUACCCAGACCAGUAUACAACGAACACAGCACACUGGGCAGGCUUUCAUUCAGCCUCAGCGGCAGCACAGCCAAGAAACUCAACAUACUGUACAUCAACAUAUGACACAACAGCCCACCCAUCACUCUCAGAGUCAUCAGUCUCCCGCUCUGCAACAAGUACACACCCCACCUCUGCAGAAGCACAUGCAGACGCCCAGUCAGGCUGCAGUGCUGAAACAGAACCAGGAUGUAUCCCAGUCUACAGUUCAGCACGCCCAGAAUCCAGCUUCUCAGGCUCAUCCCACAUCGACCCCAGCUGUGCAGGUUGCAGUCACCCAGAGUUACCCCACUGCAGGUCCACUCGAUGCUGCUUCCCAGAGCUACGCCCACUCUGCCCUCAGUCUGCUGCAGACCCAAUCGGCAUCUGGUCAUAGCCAGUACCCGGCUGUACAGUCCACUGCUCCACAGAGCUAUGAAGGACCUAACCAAGUGAGUGCACAAUGUCAUGAUCAAUAUACAGCGUAUGGCGGCGAGGCUUCAUACAAAGUGCCCCCCCAGUUUUGAGUUCAUGCUGAUAGUCUUUCUUCCUCUGACCUUGCCCUGUUUUUAUUUCUCAUCAGUUUCAACCCUAUCUUUGUGCUGCUGCUUUCCUGAAUCAGGUAGAACGUUUUUGUCUAAACACACUUUGUUACUGUGGGAGGGGGAAAGGAAAUAAUUAACUUCUACACCUUAAUUUUGUUAUGAAUGGUUAUGCUAGGGUUGGAGCGGCUCAUAAUUUGGUGCCUGGUUUUGAUUUAGUGCGGCUGAAUUGGAAGCAGCUGUGUUGGUGGACAUUAGCUGAAUAAAAAAAAAAAGAAACGGCAGUCCAAUAAACAGGAAUUUCCCCGGACAAGAGCCAACAGAGAGAUAAUGGAAACGGUCAUGAAAACAAUAACAGUGGUUUUAGCUGCUGCAUCCGUCUGCCCUCCUUGGCGUGCUCUGUGUCUGCGAUACACAGUGCUCCAGCAUGUGCAGCGGUCUCAGACUGAGUCCAGGCUUAGGGUCAGGAUGGAAAUUGUGAGCUAUUCUGAUCUGGGUCAAUAGCAGGAAAUACAGAUUUCCAGACUGAGAGAUGAAACCAGAAUCUCCUCCAUUAUUGAACUCCCUCCCCCCUCUCUUUCCUCCCUUGCUCUUCUUGUCCCUCUGUAGAACAUUUCUCAGGUCGGACAAGACGGACAGGGCCCUGGGCCGAAUCUAAACCAGUCAGCUUCCAAUUUUCCAGUUCAGGCACAUCCUCCCCAGCAGACACUUGCUCAGGCUGCUGCCCAUCAACAACUUCAACCUUUGCAGAUUUCAAACUCUCUACCAGCAACUCAGUCAUCCAAGGUAUUGCCCUUCUUUUCAAGCUGCUUUCACGCAAUCUUUCUCGACUGGAUAACGCCCAUUUGUUUCCUUAUUCUUGCAACUCAUACAAACACUUCAGAGUUGUUGUAUGUUCAACAGUUUUGUCUAGUUUGGACUAUAUUUGGAUCAUGUCUCAACUUGGUUCUCUAGAUUAUUUGAUUUUCCUCUGCUUCUUCCUUUUUUUGUUCUUUUCCACCUCAGUUUCCCUCACAGUACCCCACAGUCCAGGUGAUGACAGCUGUGACUGACUGUGAAACCUCCUACCCUCACUCUUGCACUGCCCCUCACCCGUCAACCUCCCCUUCUUUUAACCACAUGUACCUAACCCCGGGACAGACACUCCCUCUGACCCCCUCUGUCUCCCCUCUUUCCCCUUUGCAUAUUGAAAACACAUUAGUUUCACCAGCCCCAGUGUCCCUCAUCCCCUCACCGUCACACAUGCUGGGUAAGAUGGGACCCACGUCCCCCCAGCACCACCCCGCAGCUGCUCUGCACCAGAGCGCUAAACCUGAAACCUCUCAAUCACAGCUUGCAUUUAUGCCAGCUUUGGCAACCCACCCCAUACACACACACACGGCUAUAUCCCAGAACACACACCCUCCCACAAAUGGCAGCACUCAGCCCCUAAAACAGGUAAUUAUGAUGGUUACAAUGGAGUACAGAUGUUUACCAAGAGGGUGUGAACUGGGGCCUUUGUUAUGAUAUCUGUCAUGAUACUUGCAAGUCUUUGUUUGCAUCAACAACAUGUUUUUUUUAGAAUCUCUGUGCUAUUUCUCUGUGUAUAGAGAAUUAGGAACUUUGGUUUUCUUACAUCAAACUAAUUAAAUAUAGCUUGACAAAUGACUCAUGUCUCUGCUUAUAUAGUUUUCACACGGUUUCCAGGGGUAGACCACAUAGGUUUACUAAAACCAGCUAUUUCUAUCGACCAGUUAGUGUAUUUAAUAAGAGAGAGCAGAAUGAAAAGCAGGACAAAUUGAUCCGAGAUUUUUAGUUGAAUAUCCUGUUGAAAAUUAUAAGUUGGCGUAUAUAAAACUGAGUUUUAUAAAUAGUAGUUUCUCAAAAUUAUUACAUAAAUAUUUAAAAAUAUCAACAAAGGGUUCGGUUUCUGUUCUGAGUUCGAUGUUGAUGACGUUCAUGUUUUAUCCUCUCUUUUGUAGCAGGUCCUAGCCCCCCACCCCGAGCACGUCCCCUCUGCUCUGCUCACCCAGCCCGCAGUCUUCCCCUCGGCCAUGCAGAAUGGAUCCGACCCUGGCUCAGCCACCAACGCUGCCCAGCUGGACAGCAAGAACCAAUGCCAGCUGCCCCCACAGGCCCAGAAUCAGGUUCCGAGCCAGAUUUCUGUGCCGCAGCAUUCUGACUCUCAAAGAGCAUCAUCUGGGUCUGCCAGUUCCAGUCUGACUCAGCAAAAACAACUUAGUACCCUCCCAGGAGCUGCAAAUCAGGUCCCAGCUGAGGCUAACACAGAGGUAUGGUAACCGAUGCCACAGUAAAAUUCAUUGCAACUUAUUACUGACUCUGUUCACUCAGCUUGGCAUAUAUACCAGUGCUCACAUGCGUAAUAUUUCCACACCCCCCCCUGCCAAAAGUAAAAUGAUCAAAUGAUUUGUUUGAUCUCUGUGAGUUACAUUUAUUUAUUCUCUGGUUAUUUGUGUCUGUGCUUGUGCUGACUGCAGGAUCAAAUCUCAGAGAAGGCCAGUGGAGGACAGAGCUAUGACAGGUACUGGCGUAUUUCUCUUCAGCUGUCUUUACAGAAUCAGUUGGUGUAACUCUAAUGAAUAUAAACUAGUUAUGAAUCAGUUUAAAUGUUUCCUAUUUGACAUAAAUCCCUAGACGAACAGUGACAUGAAAAAUUAAAAUGGGAAUAAAAAAAAUCCAAGGUUCUUGAACAAGGUUAAUAAUAUUCAUAUACCGUCCUUUUCUCACCAAACCAAGUCUGAACUCCGAUGCCACGUCAGGAAAAGAGAUGAGUGACGGCUACGAGGGGACGCACGGGAGCAAAGGUGAAGGAAAAGUCCGCAAACACCAUCGCAAGUCCUCUCGCACUCGUUCUCGUCAAGAAAAGAUCAACAGGCCAAAGCUCAACAUGCUCAAUGUGAGUAACCAAACUGAAUAUUUCUCUUUGACCUCAAUUGAAACGUGAGGCAGUGAUGGUCAAAGUGGUCAUUAUAUCUGCUCUGGUUACAGGUUUGUAACACAGGGGACAAGAUGGUGGAGUGUCAGUUGGAAACCCACAACCACAAAAUGGUCACUUUCAAGUUUGACCUGGAUGGAGAUGCACCUGAAGAGAUUGCCACAUACAUGGUAUGUUUAUGAACAAAGUGGCCGACACCUCUGUUUGGCUUUGAAGUGAAAUGUAAGCUGGGUAUUGACUAAAGUACUCCUUAUGGCUCUGAGUUGUGAAAACUCCCUGUGAUGCGAUGCUCAGCUGCAAUGCAGUAAAAAUUCUGUCUGUCUCUCUCUGCUCCAACUCUCUUCUUCAAUCUUAAACAAUUCUGCAAUGAUGAGAUUGCUGAAUAUUCAUAGUGUGACUCCAUCAGCUCGCAGUGUAAAAAAUGGGCAGUAUAAUUUGAAAUACCCACUCUAAAAGUGAGCUGAAGAAAAAAAAAGUGUCACAUUUUGUAGUGUGAGAGCUUGAUUGACUUCGUUUACAUUUAAAACAUUGUUGAUAAGCUAAACCCUUUGACUCACUGCUGUUUUUUUCCCCUCAAUGCAUUUUCAGGUUGAGAAUGAUUUCAUACUGCCAUCAGAGAAAGAGGUGUUUAUCGAACAGCUGAAGGAUAUCGUGGAUAAGGCUGAGGACAUGCUCAGCGAGGACACCGAGGGUGAGAGGAACUCAGACCACGGAGGCAGUCCCAAACAGAGUGAUGGAGCAGGCACACUGGGAAUAGAGGUGAGAAAGGAACUGUUGACAGUUAAUAGUUGGGAUGCUGCAGUCGGUCUCUUACUGUCCCUGCCCUAACAUCCUGACAGGCCACUCACGAUGCCUGAGCAUGCAGAGUUGUCACAUAUGAUCUCUGCUUUUGUAAAAUUUAGAUCUGAGUUCCUCUCUAAGGUUCAGCUCUUUAGCUUUAAAUGCCGAUUUAGUUGACAUCCUCCUGUUUCUUGUAGGGAUUGAAGACUUCUGCACCCAGCAGCCCACAGCUGGUGUACCAGCAGAAUGGUAAGUCUUUAAACCCCUUGGAAUUUCAUGACCAUUGAAAGGUGAGGUGAUCAAUAAUGAUUAUUGAUUAUGGAUGAGAUAUGUUAAAAAAAGAUUAUGAUAGCUAGACUGGGUCAGAGCAUUUCCAAAACGGCAGCUCUUGUCUGGCGAUUCCCAUCUGCAAUGGACAGUACCUACCAGAAGUGUCCUGAAGGAAAAAUACCGCUGACAGGGUCACUGGCAGCCAAGGCUUAUUGAUGCAUCUGAGGGGCAAGGGCUGACCCAUGUGUGCCGAUCCAUCAGAAGAGCUACUGAAGCUCAGAUUGCUAAAGUAUUUAAUGCUGCUUCUCAUAGAAAGGUGUCAGAACACACAGUGCUUCAUAGUCGCAUGUGUGUUGACAGUUCUUUAGGUAAGUGGUCACUUUAAUGUAGCUGAUCAGGGUCAAUACUGAGGCAAAACGUUGAAGAUUAAAGUGGUCAGUCUUUACCUAUGGCACUUCGACUGAAUUGAAUUCAUCCACAGUAAGCGUUUUUUUUUCUCUCUGCCCUUGACAGUCCUCCAUACUGGGAAGCGCUGGUUCAUCAUCUGUCCAGUGGCUGAGACCCCCACAUCAGACAAAGAAAAGACAGAAUCUCACACCUCCACCACCAAGGGUACGCAGCACACUCAGAAACACACACUAACAUUGAUGCUUCUGUUGUGGUAUCUUUUCUUUACUCGGUGGGGAGCUUUAACAGAUGGCUUUCUUUACCUGCUGGAGGGAUUUUUUUUUCUGUAGAAUAGAAUGAAAAACGUGUGGGGGGAUGCUGCUGAUGGUAAAGUUGCUGUGCAUGCAUUAGAGAGUGCGCCUGUGUGGUUCAUCCGUUGGGGUCAGUUACAUAAGCGUGCUUCUGCAGUGGCUCUAGGCAAAAACGAAGGGCAGGAUUUAUACUCCAGCUGACAGCCUGAUGGGGGAAGACAAGCAGUGAUGUAACACCGUGGCACAUGCAGAACUCGGGCGCUUUUUUCCUCAAAGCCUCAGCUCUUCAACUCUCAAUCUCCUCUGUUCCUAAUUAACCUUUUGAUUUUUACAGAAUCUGAAAAGUCGGUGUCCACAUCAGUCAGGGCCAGCAGCAACACAUCUGCAGCAACCACCCCAUCUGUAUCUCUGUCAUCCCAGCCAAGCUCCUCCACCCUGCCCCCUGCAGCCCAGACUUCAGUCACACCUCAAGAGCAAACCCUUGAUAAAUCCCGUAUGCAGCAGCCUCAGUCCUCUCGUACAAAACACGGCUCUGCUGCUGCUGCCGGUGGUGGCGCUGGCCAUCACAGCUCUCUUCCUGUGGAAGAGCCCUGCAUCUCUGCUGUCUCUAUGGUAACAGACAUGCCUUGCUGUGCUAUUAUGCCACCUGUUUCUCUGGAUGUUAAUGCUAUCGAUAAAAAAACAACUGGGGGCAUGGCUCCCUCUCAAACUGUUCAAACCAAUCAGAAGUCCAGUCCGACCGGAGAGCUUCCCCCUCAGCUUGCCUCCCAUCAGUCUGUGGUUCUGCAGCAACCUUAUGCCACUCCCAUACAGCCUGGGACAGUCACCCCCCAGCCACAGAGUCCAGCGCAUCAGACCCCCCAGACCUCUCAGACAUCCAGCCUCCAGCAGCCAGUGAGCGCAGGCCCAGGAGAGUCAGACAGCGAGGGACCAAAACGGGUGGAAUUUGUCGACCGCACCAUCAAGACUUUAGAUGAGAAGCUGAGAAACUUAUUGUACCAGGAACACGCUCCCUCUCAGCCCUCCAGCACUUCGACUGAGCCCCAGGCCUCUGGCACAGAGGGAGUCGCCACACCUCAAGUGUCAGAGGGCCAGAGCACAGAGGGGGCACUCACAAAGAAGAAAGGAGAGCCACUGGUAAAACAUAUUGUGUGUAUUUAUGUGCGUGUGUGGGGGAGAGAUAGUGGGAAAUAAAUCUGAGCUUUCAACCAUUUAGGAGAAGCAGCUCCGUUAAUGGCAGGAUUGUUGAAUCAUUCCCCGGCACUGUUAUUGAUUUAACGAUUGGAUGAAAAGAUCAAGGCCAAUACUGUGUUAAGAGCAAGGGGAGGGUAACAAAAUUACUGCUGUCGGCGCAAUGAUUCAUCAUAAUCUCUCGCCUUUGCCGCCUCAUUUUGUGUGUUUGUGUGUGUGUGUGUUUCUGUGGGUUCUUGCAUGCUACCUGAAACAAAUCAAGUCCUGACUCAAUCAAACAAAACCGAGGUCAGGAGAGUAAAACUGCUGGCCUUGCCUCGCUGAUCAAGCCUAUUUUAUCGAUUCAUCAUUUUUCUUGUAUUCUUAUUGCUGGAACAUUUCUGACACACACCUUUUCCCCGUUGUGUCUUUUAGCCCCAGAUACCUGAGCGCACAGAUAGUGCCGGAGGGUUGAGUGACUCUGGAACUGCAUGUAGGAGACAUUAUAUUUUUUAUUUACCUCUAUAAGUAAGCAGGAUACUUGAGGGUAAUGUGUUUUGUAAAAAUACUCUUUCUUGUUGUUUAGCUUCAAACAGGCUUUUGAACGGACGAGAUGGGACCACUGGCCCUGGAUCAUGUAGCUCCAAAAGCCGUUUUCAAGUAAGAAUUCACAAGCCAUUUGCACAAAUUUGAUUAUAUUACAGUUUAUGUUGUUUUUCACUCAAGCAAUGCAUUAGAUGAUCAGCUGAUACCGACUGACUCUAAUCUUGGUUUCUCUCCCCUCCAGAUUAUCCCCACUCCACCUGAGGUCGUAUGUCGUUUGGAGGAGAGCAAGAAAGGCCACAGCGCCUUCAGUUCCCCAGCACCCUCUAGUGGUUCUGGUGGGUCUCACAGCCAGUUCCUGGGCCAGGGCAGGAAAGAGAAGGGCUGUGCAGCUGUGGGCAGGUCCUCUGGAUCUGUUGCUGCUGAGAAUGAGAAUGCAGGAACGUCCAAAACUCCCAGCAAUAACCGUUUCUCCGCGCCGCCAAACUUCUACCGGGUCACCUCCGCUUCCAGCCCCGAUGUCACCCCACACCACAUCCCCCGGGCCCAGACAAUCGACACUCCAACCCACCACCACCACCACCAGUCCUCUCACCUAUAUUCGGACUCGGCAGACGAGGACAGCAGCAGUAUAGCCCUCCCGCCAGCCCACCCUGCUCCCCCAGCUCACGCCCUGUCUGAGCACAGCGGGAGCGACCUCAUGAAGAGAGCGGUGGCCUUCCUGCGGCGGUCUGGUCGGAGUAAAAGCGAGCAGAGCUCUGAGUCACCAAGCCGACCUCCCAUGGCGGUGAAUGGUCAUGCUCCCUCGCCUGCUGCAGGACAUGCGCAUUCAUCCUACAUCAGCAGCGACAACGACUCAGAGUUUGAGGACGCUGAUAUGAAGAAAGAACUACAGAAACUGAGAGAAAAGUAAGUUAACAUCCACCUCCAACCUCGAGCUAUUAUACUGAAAUAACUUACUCAUAGUUAGUAAUGUUUGCAGCAAUACUAUUUAAUUUAUGUCGUCUGCAUUUGAAGUUUCAACAGAUGACAAAAAGCUGCAGAUCGAGGCGUGUCAGAAAUACUUGGACUUAAACUCCCGCUCUUCUUUUUGAAUCUUCUUACCAGACAUAUGAAGGAGAUCUCUGAGCUGCAGGCUUUCCAGAGGAGUGAGAUCGAGCAUCUUUACAAGGAGCUGGGAAAAACACUGCCCCCCAAUGUUGGCCUACUUCAUGCUGCACCCCCAAGCGGCCGCAGGCGCAGGGCCAGUAAACAGAAGCUGAAGGCUGGGAAGCUGCUCAACCCGAUGGUGCAGCAGCUCAAAAACAAUCUCAACACCUCCACAGAAAGGAAAGGUGUGUAGGCUGCGAUGGUUGGGUGAUAAGUGGUUCAUGAUUGCACGGGCGCAUGGGAGUUUUUUUCAGUCUGAAGUCCACAAGUAGAGAACAAAAGAAUGAUGUCAUGUUCAGAAAACUGUAGGAAUGUGAUUCAUGCUGUGACUCACUCUCUCUAAAAAAUGUUUUUUCUCUUUUUCUUUUGUCGUUUUUUUUUUCUUCCUCCUAUCAAGGUGACAGUGGUGCCAGUUCAUCCGGCUCCCCUGCUAAAAGCUCAGUUCUGUCAGAUGGCUCCGCCCAUUCCAGCGGUAGCUCCAGCUCCAGCAGUCAGCCCCACUCCGCCCCAGAGCAGGUCCACACCAAGCAGCCCUGUUCUCUGAAGGGCUCUUUCUCCUCAGACAACAUCUAUGCUGGACGUCACGGUGAUGGAACAGCCAACCAAUCUGGCCCCGGACAAGGUACAAACUAAACUUUUAAAUAUGCCAGUAUGUGUGUGCGCGUGUGAAUGGGACAUAUCAUCAUCAAAACUGAACUAACUCUACGCUAUAGAUGUUGUUCAAUCUGUCCAAGGACAACAUUUUGACUCCAUCUGGACUGAGAGUCUUACUCUCAAGGACUAGAGACACAGACAGGUCCACUUUGUUUGUACUUAGAUUACCUAUAACGUCAUAUUUUGUCUCGUAGUAUUAAAAAAAAAAAAAAAAAAACACUGACAUAUCAUAAAAAUACACUCUUUUGGUGCACUGUUUCCCGCAAUAUUCUAUAGUGCUCUCUAUGUAAAUAUGUCAGUCUUCCUUAUGAAUUCCUGGAUGUUGCAGUCUACCUUGUUUAUAGUUUAAAGAUUUUUAUACUGGUUUCACUUCUGAUAGAAAUCUGUUUUCAUGAGCUGCACAAAGCUGUAGAGUUCUUGACUUUCUAAAAACUUUUGUUUGGGGUUUAAAAUUCUUCAUUUUAUACUUUUAUCUGAAACUUGAUUUUUUCAUUUUAAAAAUGUUAGAGUGCUUUUUCAUUAUUUUACUCUUUUUCUGUUUUUGUGCCAUUACAAAAGCAUUUGCACACACAGAUGCUUAUUUCGGAAGCUUUAAACACAUUUUACAAUUUUCUAUGAUCCAUUAAAUAAACUUUAAUUAUUUAAUUCAUUGACAAAAGUUACUACAGUCAAAACCAAUUAAUCCCCAAUUUGUGUUUUCCCUCUGCUCUCCUAAUAAAUCCCAGUAUUAUCAGUUGUGAUUAUUGGCUUAUAUUUUCCACUGAUCAAAAUCGGAUACUGCAUAUUCUUUAAUUCUGCUUAGCCUCCAUUUCUGGUACUUUUGAUUGUGGGGGUUUCUCACCCCAGUCUGUGUGCACUUUUACAAAGUGUCUCUCUUGUUUCUUCUCUUCUUCCCUCUUAUAUUCAUUUUUGCAGGCUGGACGGUUUACCACCAAACGUCAGAGAGAGUCACCUAUAAAUCUAGUAGCAAACCACGCACUAGAUUCCUCAGUGGACCUGUGUCUCUGUCCAUCUGUUUGUAUUUGUUCUUUUCUAUUUCCCCUCACUCAUAUUUCCAUCCUCUCUUUAUUUACCUGGCUCUCUCUUUUUUAUCAACCACAUGUUUUGUGUUCAAAUGUGAUCCAGUGGAUCUUAUAUUCACCCUCCUCACAGGCCUCCCCACCUUACAUACAUGACCCAUUUUCUUUCCCUACCUCUCGCACCCAACGACCUCUAAGCUUACGUUCUUUAUGUUUUUUUGUUUUUUUUUUUCAAUUUGACCACCAGGGGUUAUCCAUCACAUACACACACAAUGCUGAUAUUCAGGACUGAUAUCUUCAAGUCAUCUGAGCCUCUAGCGAACAGAAGCAGCUUCACCAAAAUCAACUUCUUCUUUAAACAGGAUUUGUUUCCUUUUCAUCUUCAAAACGCUCAACACAGUAACUCUGUGUAGCUGGUGGUUUAGUCCACAAGUUUGAUCUAAGAAAUUCAGCAUUUACAGAUGACUGCACUAGUAGUUCUCAGUCUUUGUAAUACUCAUUCUACUCCUGUUACAACUUGUUGAGGUGAAUUCAAUUAGCCGGGCAUACCGAGGCAGGUGUGGGGCUUUUUUAUUGUUCUGUAUUUUAAGCAAAAGUAACAAUGACUUCCUUUUUUGAUUAUGAAUGCAGGAUCAGAGUAAUUACUCAUUUGCUACAUGCAUGCAUACUGUUACUGCAAGUGCUCCCCCUUUAGACAGUCCUUUAGAUACUUGUGCAAAAACAGUAUAAACAGUGUGCUUUGUCUUGUAGAGUUUUAUGGUGUAAAAAUGGCAGUGCGUUAUCCUGCAGCACCGACCAUAUUACUGGCACCCUAGUCUGUGAGUACAAAAUGAUGCAGUUUUGCCUCAAGGGUUGCCCCAUCAGGCAAGAAGUAUGAAAUUGAACAAAAGGAGUGACUGUCGUUUUAUUAAUGGCCCAUGAAGUCUGUCAAACAUUCACUCUCCUGGCAUGAAGAUUGAAAAGGAAACAUUUUCAAGGUGUGUAAGCCUCUUCCUGAUCCAUGCGUGUGGCUCUCAGUUCCCGGGGUGCUUGUGGCUUUAUCUAGCCGUACCUCUGGCGAUAAAUCACAAAAUCUCAGUUCCGUUCAUAUCCAUUCAUUUUGGGUACAGUACCCCUUCCGCCUCAUGCAAAUGCUUUGUGCAGUGCUUCUGGCUGCUAAAAAAAAAAAACAGACCCCAUGAGCAUUAUGGGGCUAGUUCUGUCCAAACAUGGGCCUGAACACAGAGCUUUAACAAGUGUGUGUGUGUCUGUGUAUUUACAUGUGUUAGAGGAAUACAACACCAUCAAUUUGUUGUGAGUCUCCAUCCACCAUUAAUUUUAAUUGUAUAACAUUUCCCAAGUACAGGCACUUUGCCCAGCUCAGUAACCCUCUGCAUACUAACACUGAGACCCCAGCAACCCCCACUUCCAACCCUUUCCUGAUAGCAAGGCCCCUUGCUGAGGUAGAGGAGAGCUCUCUUUGUCCCUCAUAUUUGGACGAGGAAGACGUGCAUGGUGCAGGCGCCAAGCAGGGCACUGAUGGAGACUUACUCCGCCAUAUGAAGGGCUGUAUCAUCAAUAUUACUUCUUAUUUUUUACUUUCCUCCAUCUCUCCUAAGUUACCUGCAUGCAUUUGAACCAAUUUGAACUCUGAUGAGUUACGGCUAGUAUCUGUGUGCUCUUUCAGUUUGAGGUUUCUCCUCAUUUUGGUUUCACAUUUUGUUUCACAGGCAUUCUCACAGCAUUCGACAAAGGGAUCUCUCUUUUAAUCCAGGCUCCAGUCUUCCAUACUUUAGCAAACACUAAUAUUUGUCAUGGUCUCUCUCUCUAGAUUAAUGAUCCAAGAAGUCAUUUUUUUAUAUUUUACAAGCUAAAUAUCUGACUUCAUUUGAAAAGUUUUGAAGUGAGAGAAUUUCUUCAAUGUCUGGAAAAAAAAAAAAGGAAAACAGUUUUCUCUUGGCUGGCUCGCAAGGCAACGUAACAUAUGAUGAAACCAAUUAAAAUGCACCAUCCCAAUCAAGGCUUCUUCUUUCUCAGUCUUAUAAGGGUCGCCAUUCUUGUAGUCAGCUUUCCAGAAGUUUUCCACUUAAGAGAGAACAUGUAGGCUCUUUUCUUCCUCCUCACUGAUUCUCAACCCCCUUGUCCUGCUUUUCCUCUCUCUCUUUCCCCAAUUGUUUUAAUAGCUGAUUGUGCUUUUAAAGCAGCUUGUCCACAUAUUUGUGGUGUGCAUUGUGUCCUGGCCUAACUGUUUCUGUCUUGUGCUGUUUUACCUUCUUAUAGGGUCCACUCUGAAACGACUAUGUCUAGGCAAAGAUCGCAGUAGUAGUAACUAUCUCAUUUACUUUCUUACUCUCUGUCUUUCUUACCUCUGUCUCAACUAUUUUAGUCCUCCCUGUUUGAAUGUGCUCUUAUUUUUCUACCUUUUUACUCAGUCACCUAAAAAUGUGUUGUUGUUGUUUUUUAUGAAAGUGUGGAAACACCACAGAUAUUUUAUUAUUUCUUUUUUAUUUAUUUGUGUGUGUGUUCUGCAUGGCAGUGUCAAUGUCUUGAUUGCAGAAUAUUUGUCAUUGCUUGCAUACCAAACAUGUCAUUUGUCUAUAAUAACUCAUGAAAGUCAUUUAUGUUGCAAUCCUUUGGCUGCUUUGUUGGCAGACUAUGUGCAGAGUCAGUAAGUUGUAAAAAACAAACAUAUUUACCCUGACCCCAGUAAUAUAAAGGCUGGCUUUCAUGAAGGUGAUAUUAUAGGUUCAUUGUGUCUAAAACGACUGCCAUACAUCAGCCAAUUGAUUUGAAGGGGGCUUGGCGUUCCUCAAACGGCUCGAUUUUUAAACAUCCUUGUAUCUUUUUAGGGUCUUCUCUCAACACCAACGCAACUCCGACUGCCGCCAGUCAGACACAGCCGACCCUCACCACAACCACGCCCUCACCAUCUCCUCAGCCAAUCACACGGCUCGCUCAGGUCCAGACCAACAACAGCAACAACAAGAGAGGCACAUUCACCGAUGAUCUUCACAAGCUGGUGGACGACUGGACAAAGGAGACUGUAGCUGCGGCCAAUCAGCCACGGCUCUCCCUGAACCAGAUCAAACAGCAGAGACGGCAGCAGGACCUGGAAGGCAGAGCGUCACCCAAGGGAGCAGCUACAUGCGAGGUAUGAAACGGAUGAUAAUUAAAGCAGUGGAUGAGAAAGGGGUCAUGGUGGUGCUGUUCUGUAAUCGAUAGCUGUGUCUUAAUGAAAGGAACUUUUUACAGCUUUCUGAAGUGGAAGAAUCACUGGGUCGGGAAUUGCACAAUUUACAGUAUAUACCUCGGAGCACAUAGGUUGGAACAAAAGUGAUUUUUGUUCAUUUAUAAGUAAUAAGUAAAUAAGUUCAAAUAGAAAAUGUGCAGCUGGGAUAAUUUUGAUUGAUAAAAAGUUGGUACUGUUUACACCCUACUUUUCUCAGUCAAACUCAGUUGUCUCAUUUUAAAGAACUCUGUGGAAAUGACAACAGCAAAAGGCUGGAGGAAUUAUUUAGUCCAGAAAGGACCUGGAUAUUUCUGGUGAAAACAUGGCUUUAGUUAUGUGGUGUUAUCCUCUUUUUUUUUUUUUUUUGACCAAAUCCUCCUUCUGUUUCAGAUGAAGUGCCGUGUUGGUUCCACCAAGUUCCACUUACCUCUCUCCUGCCCCCUGACUGCUGCUUUAGGCCCCAGUAUGCCUACUACCCUAGCACCCAACUCCUCAGCAAUGCUCCCUUCAGGGUACAUUUCACCAGCAGGCUCCUACGGCGGGAUGGUACCCGGUCCUCUUUACCCCCAGCAGUGGCCUGGCUUGCCCAGCCCUGUUGGGUCAGUGGGUCCUGUAGGCCUGCUCGGUGCUUCAAGAAAUACGCUCUAUGGCACAAUGGCAAACCCAGGGAUCCAAGGCUACCCUCGGGCCAUGCACGACCCCGAGACCGGCCCCUGUCUGAAAACCACUAGGACUACCUAAUCUGUUACUCAGCUGUGCUUUGGUUCACCAGGGCCACACGUGUACAUAAUGUGACCUUGUAAAUAACAUCAGAGUGUUAGUAUCAUUUGUACAACACCUAUAUCUGUAGUUUCUUGUGUGUGAGUGUGUGCUUGAAUGUAUGAGGGUUUACUUUAUGGUCGAUGUUAAGUGUGUAUGUCUGAAUACCCAGUGCUUCUUGGCUUUGGUCUUGACUAAACUUAGCCAUACAAGACAUUUAGUCUGUGGUCACAGAUCGUAUUUCACUUUUUUUCUUUUUAUCUUUUUAGAACUACUGUAUUACUGCAGUGUUCACACUGAUUUUGCCUUUCUCUGUUACAUACAUGUUAAACACUACAUUGGAAUCCAAAAACCAGUGGUUUGAGAUACAGUAACAGGACAGUAUUUAUGAUGAAGAUAUCCGAAGGAAUGUAGUGCCUUGAACAUUGAUUUAUUGAUGGUUUUCUUCCUUGGGAAACUACAGCAUGUCUGCAUCCAAGUUAUUUUAUUGAAUGGUAGCUUGAGUGCAGUCCCUUUUUUUUUUUUUUUUUUUUUUUUUUAUGUAUCACAGACACUUUGUUUUUCGUUUACAUAUGAAUGCCCUUGCAGUACUGCACUAUUAACACAAGUAUAUGCUCUUAUUUAAUUAAUAAAAUCAUGUUUUUAACCCUUGUUUACUUUUCACCCAUGUGACAGGUGGAAUGCCAUAGUGGUGAGAUGUGCCGUUGCCUUGCAGAAUCAAAUGGUUAAUGUGCGACUGAUAAGAAAAAAAAAAUGCCAGCAGCCAAAAUCCACUUUUUCAGGUCAAAUGGUUUGGUUGGACGCAGCCUCUUUUUGAGUGUUGAACCGCACAAGAGCUUGCAAUGUUGUAGCCUUGUGCUGGGAGUAAAGGCAGUGUCCAGAGCCAUAGAUACUUAUAGUUCUCUCUACAGUUUAUGCCUCUGGUAGUGAUCAGAAUGUAGCAAUUAAUAUGGAAAGGCUUGAGGCUUUAAAGUGCAAUUUAACCCCUCCACAAAGCUUUGAUCGUGGCCUUGCCACAAGCCUUAACUCUAAUGUGUGCAACAGGAGCAAGCUGAUAAGUUGAACAAAGUUUAAAAAAUCACAAAGCAACAGAUAAAAGUUACCCGGCAAAGUAUAAACAUACAUACCACAAACUCAACUCUGAAGUCAAUACUGCUUAAUGUUCUUUCAACUUGGCUUUCCUACUACUCAGCAUACACUGUAUGUAAAAAUAUGUGCAAUCACCAGUUAGGUCUGACUUUUUAAGUUAUUUGAUGUGUAAAGCUUAGUUUUUUUAUGCUGCUAUUGUCUGAGGUUCCACUGUACAGUUUCGCAUUCUAUUCACAGAUAAUGGUACUUAAAAUAAAAACAAAAACUCCUCAAAGAAGAUAAACAAAUGAAAUGCUCACGAAGCAGUGUUAUUGCCUUGUUGGAGUUUAAACGUGUUUAACAGCCUUCUUUUCCUUUUUGUUUCAGUAAAUAUUGCAAAAUUCAAAUGAUACUUGAUGCUGGAGAUUUGCACAACUUAUAGUUUCCCUAAACUAUGUUUAACAGUUUCCUACACUGUGUAUAUCUGGUUUCAUAGUGUGUACUUUUUCAAGUCACAGAUAAGCAUGGCCAACUCAUGUUCCACAACGCAAAGAUAAAUAAAACAGCUACUGCGGUCCGAAAUUUCACAUCUCCACAACACAUUUGAAGGAUUUUAGCACCCCAAUCCUGCCAAGCUGUGAAUUGUACAGUUGUCUUGUACUAUAUAUAUUUGUACCUUUUUUUUUUCUUUUGUCUGAUGGUGAAAUGUGUGUAUGGCGGUGUUGGUAGUGGAGGUGGAGGGGUUGUUUUGAUGUACAUUAAUCCAUCAAUUCGGUUUGAAUUGGAAUUUUAUAGGAUAUUAUGCAGAGUCUUCUGCUUUGGUGAAAUAUUUCCAGUAGUAAGAGAUUUCUGUUCUCUGUCACUUGUAUCUGGUAUAUUUUGUUCCACCUCCCUCUCUGCUAACUCUUGGUGAGCAGACGAGGGAAUAACUAUUGUCUGCAUAUUCAUUUGGAUGCAGUGAUCAAAAGGAGAGCUGAGAUGCACAGAGGAGGAGCGUUUCUUCUACCUUUGAACAUCUCACUUCUCUCUGGAAGACAACAAUGCCCCCUGGUGAAUAUGCUCCGAUUGUCAAAGGCUUGUAUUUAAACUGUGUGGGAUUGCUUCUGCCUGCUGAUUGUCCCACUGCAUUACCCCACCCUACCCUGCUGCACUCUAUUCACGGACUGUAUGUUGAGAGAGAAAUAAAUAUUAUUUUGUGCUUGAGGUUUGUGUUUGUGUCAUU